CUCCAACGCCAGUGGAAGAUAUCACCAUGGAGACGGGCAGGAAUGAUGGCGCGGCAGGAAAGCAGACUAACCCACAGCGCUGCACUCUGCCAGCAGGGGUGGGUCUGACAUCGCCACCUCCAGGAACCACAGUAGCAGAGAAGACACUCGCAGCGACACUCCAAAUGUAUAGGAGCGAGUUGAGAAAGCCCCUUACCAGUGUGAGCGGCACCAAAGGGACUGAAGAGAAGCUGGAGCUGCACAUGGAGAGGAAGGUUCUCUUGGGAGAAGGCUCCUGCCUGCGGCCAGGGGCACAAGCAGGUGAGAGCAGGGCAGAUCCUCCCAGGACCCAAUGGCACCAGGUUGCCCCAGAGGCACCAGGCUCUGAGCAGCUAACAAGAUCCACCCUUGACUCUCUCCUUGCUGGGCAGGCUGCACACGACCUGCAGAUCAAGCAGCUGACGGAAAUGUUGAGCAGCUCCCGCCCCUUGGCGGGCCAGGUCUCAGUUUGCCAGCAGUGCCGCAAGGCAUAUCCAGGAAAGAGGAAGGGUGAGAAAACUCCAAAGGAGACAUCUGCUGAGCUGCAUGGUGUUCGAGACAUCAUGCAUUCACAUGGGUUCAAUGGAACUGUGAAUUCAAAGCUCUCCAGGGACCAGCCACCAAUCAGAGUCUGCGAGAAGUGUGGUAAGCAUCGACAAAAGAGACCAGCUGGCUCUGCAGGUGCUGACUUGCCGGGAAGAUCCCAUGGAAUUCCACAGCGAUGGACUCCAGGAGACUCCUCAGCAUCAUCCAACCGCAAUAAGAUGCCAGUGCUGUGGCUCCUUCCAGCAGACAAGAGCAAGACGCAGGAUGGAAUGGGGAAAUGGGCUCCCCGCAAGCAACCAAAGAUGGUGUCCGUUGCAACGAGUACAACAGGGCUUUCGCAAGCUGGGGAGAAAGCAAGUUGGAGUCCUGACGGUUCUCCCUCAAAGUCACCAAAGGCCUCCAGAGCUAGGACACCAUCCCCUUCAAGGAGCAAAGUUCUCCAAAAGAUGUUCAUGUGCCUGAAGCAAACCUUCAGCAAGCUGCAACACAAAGUGAAGUCCCGAAUGUCCAAGGACCCUCGAUCCAGAACACCUGACACUAAAUUUACAAAGCCACCCUUUUGGAAGGCAAGGGCCUCCAAGGGUGUACGGUUUCCAUACUACUGAAUCUCACCCUGCCAGCAUGCCCAAUACCAGAAAAGGCCCACAAAUUCCAACCUCUCCCUAUCAUCCAGUGGGCCCGGUAAGCAUGGGCUAAAGUGGCUGAGAAGAAUGGCUUGUUGUCCUGGGACACAGAGACUGAUAUAUAAGUGUCUCUCCUUGGGGUAUGACAUUUAAACCGAGAUUCCAAGAUGAAGGGGGGCCUGGGAGCUUGGAUGAGAUUGAGCGUUCAAGAAUCAAUCCUUCCUUCAAGAAGAGCUGACACUAAAUUUACAAAGCCACCCUUUUGGAAGGCAAGGGCCUCAAAGUGUGUCCAGUAGUACUAUUAGGGCCCUACCAUCAAUCAAACACAAACCGGCCCUUUGACUCCUAAAACCCCGCCCCUUGACCCCUUAAACCCCGCCCACCUAUCACCAGAAGUCCCACCCACAGGGUAUUACUUCCAGGGUCAAGGAGGACACAUGACCGGAAGCAAAGUAUGUCAUGUGACCCCUCUAAGAACUCCUCCCACUGCCCUCUACCAAUCAGGAGAGGUUUCGCCCUCAUAGGCCUACCCGGAGAGGGGAUUUGACCAAUCAGGGGUGUUCCAGGGUGGGGUAACCCAUCCGGAUGUGGCUCGUGUGACCCCUCUAAGAACUCCUCCCACUGCACUCUACCAAUCGCGAUGGGUUUCGGCCGCAUAGGACCAACCUGAGAGCAGAUUUGACCAAUCGGUGGUGUUCCGGGACGGGGUGACCUGUCCAGAUGAGGGUCGUGUGACCCUUCUAAGAACUCCUCCCAGCGCCCUCUGCCAGUCAGAGUACAACACUAUCACCCCAUAAGUCCCAGCACCAGGGCAGAAGAGGCCAUCUUUUACCAAGGACGCGUGCUUUAGAAAUCGUGGAAGCAUGGACUCCUUCACCACCCCGUGAGUACUUUGGACUUUGUGUUAGCCCCGAGGGCCUUUGGACUUGUGUGGAGAAAGCGCUACAUGAGCGACAGUUCCCACAAGGGACCUUUGACUCAGCCAUUGAUGGAUACGCUGGAACCCGAAACCCAAACUCUCGUGAGGCACACCGAUGAGUGUGAUGGCCUCUCAUUUUCCACCCCCCUAGAGGUGGAAGGUGAACGCAGCUCAGGGGAAUCAUCGGAGGACAAGGUGAACGGAAAAGACAUUGCUCAGCUUGACGAUGCCUUUCUAGAGGACCCAGAGGCCCUGGACAGCAUUGCAUCAAGCAGCGAAGAUGAACCGGGCUCUCCUUGUUUUUGCUCAAUGCCGGUACAAAUUGUUGAAGAGGACUCCAAGGAUGACGGCUAUGAGGAGUUUAGGAGACUUGGCAUGGAACUAACUGAGCCAAGGCCACGUCGUGAGCGUAAAAAAGUCACACGGACUAUUGUACACGUUGCUGUUUAUGCUGUCCUUAAUCAGUGCCUUAGGGAAAAGCUUUUUGAAGAUUGUGAGGGCUGUGUGAUAGAUGCUGCAGCCCAACGGCACCAUGACUGUGUGACUUGGACUUCAGUAGAUCUAAACUUCAAGCCCCGGCGCCUGUGUGCUGAGUUAUGUUUGGAAAGCUUAUUAAACACUGUUCUUGCCAUAGGUUAUGCUACGCAAUGUCUUUGCCUACCCAAGAACUUUUAGCGUAAGGGGUGACCUUAAUAAAUGCUGUGCAAUUUAGUGCAGACCCUGGCCGUGUUUU